AUCAUCUCUAAUACGAAAUUGUAAACAUUCUUGGCCUGAAAAUAUUUAAUGCCGGUUUCUUGAAUUAUGUCCAGCUUAAAGUCGAACGAAAUGGACAGCAAUCCAGCACCGGAUCCCCAGGCGCCUAUUACCCGCAAGGGAUUCCUCAUUUCACUGAACAGUGGUUCUCCAAUGCCCAUUCCAGAGCAGAAUGUGUUUGGCCGCUGUCGUCCAGUCUCCGAAUUUGAGAAACUCAACCGCGUGGGCGAAGGCAGCUAUGGAAUUGUUUACCGUGCACGUGACACCCGCAGCAAUGAGAUUGUGGCCCUAAAGAAGGUGCGUAUGGAUCAGGAAAAGGAUGGCCUGCCUGUCAGUGGGCUUAGAGAGAUCAUGAUCUUGAAACAAUGCCAGCAUGAGAACAUUGUCCGCUUGCGUGAAGUGGUUGUGGGAAAAAGUUUGGACAGCAUAUUCCUGGUGAUGGAUUUCUGCGAGCAGGACUUGGCCUCCGUGCUGGACAACAUGUCUCAACCUUUCACCGAGUCCGAGGUUAAGUGUAUCACCCUACAAGUGCUCAAAGCUUUGAAAUACCUCCAUGCGCGCUAUAUGAUCCAUAGGGAUUUAAAGGUUUCCAAUCUCCUGAUGACCGACAAGGGUUGCAUCAAAGUUGCUGAUUUUGGCCUGGCGCGCAUGUUCAGCAAUCCCCCAAAACCGAUGACCCCACAGAUGGUUACUUUGUGGUACAGAGCGCCAGAACUACUCCUGGGUUGUCGGACACACAAUACUGCAGUGGAUAUGUGGGCAUUUGGCUGUAUCUUAGGUGAACUGCUGCUGGGCAAACCACUACUCCCCGGCAGUUCAGAGAUUGCACAGCUCGACUUGAUAAUCGAUCUUUUGGGCGCACCCUCCGAGUCUAUUUGGCCUGGUUUUGCCGAUCUGCCCGCGGUGCAGAACUUUACUUUAAGCCAGCAGCCAUACAAUAACCUCAAGACCAAGUUUCACAUGCUAGGCCAAUCGGGCAGAAAUCUCCUGAACAUCUUGUUUAUCUACAACCCAAAUACCAGAGCCACUGCAGAGGAGUGUCUGAACAGCAAAUACUUUGUGGAUCCCCCGCAGGCUUGUGACCCCCGCAUGAUGCCCACUUUCCCGCAGCACAGGAACAAUACGCCUGCUGCUCCACCUGCUCAGCCGCCUGCCGAUAUUCCCAUUUCAGAUCUGCUCAAUGUAUUCAUUAAGCGCCAGCGCAUGGAUUAAACGAGAACGAAUUUAUUUGUAGAUUA